GGGACGGGCGAGUGUUCCGCGAGCUCCAGUCGGAUGACAACCAGUGACACACUCAUAGGGCAGGCGCUGGCCGGCGCGGGCCCCGGCGGGCUCAGGAGAGGCUGGGGGUCGAGCCGAGAGGCCGGGCGGCCCGAGGCAGGCAGCGCCGCCACCACCUCAGCGCCGCUGCCGCCGCCUCAGCGCAGCAGCUCCUCACGCCACCCCCCGAGCCGCCACCACCUCCACUUCCGCCUCCCGGCCGCCGUCGCCGGGAGGCGACGCAUGCGCGGGCCGGCGCGCGCCCCGAUUGGUUGGGGUGGCAGCCGCGUGACCAGCGUGGCCGCUCGGAGCCGGAGCCCCCGGGACCGGAUCUCGCUGAGCUUUGGCCUCAACAUGUGCAUAAGGCGGCUUUUCCGGUCCUCACAUCUCCAGUGGGCCUGGAGGGCAGCCUUCCUGAAACACAGCCAGCGUGGGCACCAGGGACCCUGGCGAUGGACACAUUCUGGAGGCGGCCCCUACAGAGCGGUCAUUUUUGACAUGGGUGGAGUUCUCAUUCCUUCUCCAGGGAAAGUGGCUGCAGAAUGGGAGGUACAAAAUCAUAUCCCUUCCGGAACUAUAUUGAAGGCUUUCAUCACAGGUGGCGAAAAUGGGCCCUGGCUGAAAUUUAUGAGAGGAGAAAUAACGAAAGAGGAUUUCUUACAAGAAUUUAGGAGACUCUGCUCUGAAAUUUCAAAUACCUCUGUGCCUGUGGACAACUUUUUCUCUCUGCUGACCAGUGAGCAAGUGGCGAAGCAGUUCCCAGUGAUGACUGAGGCCAUAACUCAGAUUCGGGCAAAGGGCCUUCAGACUGCAGUCUUGAGCAAUAAUUUUUAUCUUUCCAAUGGCAAAAGCUUUUUGCCCCUGGACCGAAAACAGUUCGAUGUGGUCGUGGAGUCCUGUGUGGAAGGUGUCUGUAAGCCAGACCACAGAAUCUACAAGCUGUGCUUGGAGCGGCUGGGCCUACAGCCUUCGGAAUCCAUCUUUCUUGAUGAUCUUGGACAGAAUGUCAAAGCAGCUGCCAGCCUUGGAAUGCGCACCAUUAAGGUUAAUGACCCAGAGGCUGCAGUGAAGGAAUUAGAAACUCUUUUGGGCUUUACCUUGAGAACGGUUAUUCCAAACACGCGUCCCGUGAGAAAGACAAUGGAGAUUCCAAAAGAUUCCUUGGAGAAAUACCUCAGAGACCUCCUGGGGACCCAAACCACAGGCCCAUUGGAACUCCUUCAGUUUGAUCAUGGGCAGUCAAAUCCAACGUACUACAUCAAGCUGGCUGGUCAUCAGCUGGUUCUGAGGAAGAAACCCCCCGGGACACUCCUUCCAUCUGCCCACGCAGUGGAGAGGGAAUACAGGAUCAUGAGAGCCCUUGCGAGCGCUGGAGUACCCGUCCCCAAAGUUCUGGAUCUCUGUGAAGAUUCAAGGGUCAUUGGCACGCCCUUCUACCUGAUGGAGUACUGCCCAGGCCUCAUCUACAAAGACCCGUCUCUGCCAGGCUUGGAGCCCAGCCAGAGGCGGGCCAUAUACGCUGCCAUGAACAGAGUCUUGUGCAAAAUUCACAGUGUGGAUUUCAAGGCUGCGGGCCUAGAAGACUACGGGAAACAUGGGGACUAUAUUCCACGCCAGGUGCAAACCUGGAUUAAGCAGUAUCGAGCCUCAGAGACCAGCACCAUCCCGGCAAUGGAGAGGCUCAUCGAAUGGCUGCCACUUCACCUUCCCCGGCAGGAGAAGAUCACGGUGGUGCACGGGGACUUCCGGCUGGACAACCUGCUGUUCCAUCCAGAAAAGACCGAGGUGCUUGCUGUCUUUGACUGGGAACUUUCUACCUUAGGCGACCCCCUUUCCGACGUGGCCUACAGCUGCAUGGCUCACUACCUGCCGCCCAGUUUUCCCAUACUGCGAGGUCUGCGUGACUGCGAUCUGACUCAGCUGGGCAUCCCUACUGCAGAGGAGUAUUUCAGGAUGUACUGUCUUCACAUGGGGAUCCCUCCCACUGAGAACUGGAACUUCUACAUGGCUUUCUCCUUUUUCCGAGUGGCCGCGAUCCUGCAGGGAGUCUACAGGCGCUCGCUCACAGGGCAAGCGAGCUCAGCAACUGCUGAACAAAGUGGAAAGAUGACUGAGUUUAUGUCUAACCUGGCCUGGGAGUUUGCAGUCAAAGAAGGAUUCCGGAUUUUCAAAGAGAUGCCGGCCACAAAGCCAUUAACGAGGUCCUACCACACGUGGGCUGGUCCACGGUCCCUGCCGAGCACCCCAGGAGCGAGGAGUUAUAUCCCCCUUCCAGAACCUUCCUCAGCUCAUGCCUCAAAGGGAGCUCUGGUUAUCUCUCCAGAGGCCCUUUCCCCACCGGUCAGGGAGCUGUACGAGCGGCUGAAGCAGUUCAUGGACCGGUACGUGUACCCCGCUGAGCCGGAGCUGCGCCGUCACCAGGCCUCCGCUGAGAGGUGGACCCCUUCCCCACUGGUCGAAGAUCUCAAGGAGAAAGCCAAGGCCAAAGGACUUUGGAACCUUUUCCUACCCUUGGAGACUGAUCCCGAGAGAAAAUACGGAGCAGGACUGACCAACGUCGAGUAUGCGCACCUGUGUGAACUCAUGGGCAUGUCUCUGUACGCUCCCGAGAUAUUUAACUGCUCCGCUCCAGACACGGGGAACAUGGAGCUCCUGGUGCGCUACGGCACCGAGGAGCAGAAGGCCCGCUGGCUGACUCCGCUGCUGGAGGGGAAGGCCCGCUCCUGUUUUGCUAUGACUGAGCCCCAGGUUGCCUCAUCGGAUGCCACCAACAUUGAGUCUUCCAUCAGAGAGGAGGAUGGCUUCUAUGUCAUCAAUGGUCACAAGUGGUGGAUCUCAGGCAUCCUGGAUCCUCGCUGCCAACUCUGCGUGUUUAUGGGGAAAACAGAUCCGCAUGCCCCACGCCACCAGCAGCAGUCCGUGCUUUUGGUUCCCAUGGAUACCCCGGGGAUAAAAGUCAUUCGGCCUCUGACGGUGUAUGGGCUGGAUGAUGCGCCAGGUGGCCAUGGUGAAGUCCUGUUUGAGCAGGUGCGCGUGCCCAAGGAGAGCAUGGUCCUGGGCCCUGGCCGAGGCUUUGAGAUCGCCCAGGGCCGACUGGGUCCCGGCAGGAUCCAUCACUGCAUGCGGCUGAUCGGGCACUCGGAGAGGGCCCUGGCGCUCAUGAAGGCCCGCGUGAAGUCCCGUGUGGCCUUUGGGAAGCCCCUAGUGGAGCAGGGCACGCUCCUGGCAGACAUCGCCCAGUCACGCGUGGAGAUUGAGCAGGCCAGGCUGCUGGUGCUGAAAGCUGCGCACCUCAUGGAUGUGGUAGGAAAUAAGGCUGCAGCGCUAGAUAUUGCUAUGAUUAAAAUGGUGGCCCCAUCCAUGGCGUACUGCGUGAUUGAUCGCGCUGUUCAGGUGAGCAGACUGUGGACCGAGGGCUCUUUGAACCACUUACAGCACAUGCAGAGCUCCCUCACCUUCAGCUGCCCCACUCCCGCCUUCGGAGCAGCAGGGCUGAGCGGCGACUACCCGCUGGCUCAGUUCUUCGCCUGGGCCCGAGCGCUGCGCUUUGCGGAUGGCCCUGACGAGGUGCACCGGGCGGCGGUGGCCAAGAUGGAGUUGAAGAACCGCAUUUAGGCUGCAGGACAGCAGGAGCCAGAAUGUCCCUGCCGGCCGAGACACCCAAACACGCAGUGAUGCGUUUUGAAAGGCCUGCUACAUGUGAUUUUUGCACCCUGUCGGCAGCUGCAUCCUGGGACAGUCCCUGCACACACCUUUCUGGGUCCCCACAGAAGGCGUUUCCGUGAGAAGCCCCGUGUCGGCGGUGUCAGGCAAGGAGGAAGGGCAUUGGCUGAGAGCUGGGGGUCGGGACAGAGCCUGGGAAGCUGGUCUCCAGUCUCAGUGCUGGGCAGGCAGCCCGUGCGCCCUCUCUCUCUGGCAGUGGUGUGCUGAGGUUGUGGGGAUCUGGGUCAGUAGUAGGAGCCCUGCUGGAUGGUGUACCUGUGCUUGCACCCCAAUACAGGGGCUUCCUGCUCUGUGGACCCUUCCCUUCGAGCCAAGGGGCAGUCAUGAUGGGCUGCAUCUGAAGACCCAGGCUGAUGGCUGCUGGGGAAAUGAAACCGAAAUCAUGAAGACACUGCCAUCUGAUUUUCUUCGUUUGAAUAUCCACAACACAGAACACUAAUUAAGAUAUUUUGUAAAGGGGAUUUGGGAACACAAAAGAGUAAGAAAAUACAUCUCAGAGACUUCAUGAAUGUCUGUAUGUAAUACAAAAGGAACUGAGAAUAAAGGUUCAAGGAGACAUGUAAUACUUUUAACAAUAAAGAUAAAAAAAAAAAAGAGAGAGAAAAUAAAGGUUCACGAUCA